GCACAUUCGCCGUGUGUUCUUCAGUCACAGAGAAAUGGAGGGGACACCGACAAAGACAGUGGAAAAUAAUGAGAAAAAGAAGGUAGAUGGUGAAGUAGUGUGCCUUCGGAGGAAGAUUGGGCUGCUGCCUGCUGUGUCCUUCAUCAUUGGGACUGUGGUGGGCAGUGGGAUCUUCAUUGCACCAAAAGGAGUCCUGAUAAACAGCGGCAGUGUGGGACUGUCUCUGCUGGUGUGGGUACUGUGUGGCGUCCUCUCUCUAUUUGGAGCCCUGUGUUAUGCUGAACUGGGCACCACUUUUACAAAAUCAGGGGGUCACUACACUUAUCUGCUGGAGACUUUGGGGCCCCUGCCUGCUUUCCUACGACUCUGGGCUGAGUUCUUAUUCAUCAGACCAGCUGUCGCUUCUUAUGUGUCCCUGGCCUUUGGUCGUUAUGUGGUGGAGCCGUUCUUUACACCUUGUGCUGCUCCCACAGUGCUGGUCAAACUCGUCAGUAUCCUCGCAGUGACCUUUGUUGUAGCUGUCAAUUGCUGGAGUGUGAACAUGGCCUCUCGCACUCAGGUCACUUUGACUUUCAUUAAGAUGUUUGCCCUGGUCCUCAUCAUCAUCCCUGGUGUCAUUGCACUGGCCAAGGGGAAGACAGAAAAUUUUCAGAAUGGUUUUGAGGUUGACUUAUUAACAUUGGAUAGGCUGCCACUGGCCUUUUAUAGUGGCCUGUAUGCCUAUGGUGGAUGGUUUUAUUUGAACUUCAUCACAGAAGAAGUCAUAAACCCAAACAGAAACAUGCCACUGGCAAUAAUCUUCUCCAUUGUGACAGUGACAGUCUUUUAUGUGCUUAUUAAUGUGGCCUACUACACCGUGAUGACUCCUGCUGAGGUGCUUCUGUCAGAUGCUGUGGCUGUGACAUUUGCCAGUCGUGCUCUUCAGGGACUGGCUCCUGUGAUCCCUGUUCUUGUUGCCAUAUCUUGCCUUGGAUCACUGAAUGGUGGCUUUUUUGGGGCACCUCGGAUGCUGUUUGUAGGAGCCAGAGAGGGCCACUGGCCAGCAAUCUUUUCCAUGAUUCACAUCCGCAGACAUACACCUUUACCGGCUGUGCUGUUACUGUACCCCUUGGUGGUGUUGAUGUUAAUCACUGGAGAGAUUUACCAGCUCCUCAACUUCGCCUCCUUUUCACGCUGGUUCUUCAUCGCCUUGGCAACCUUAGGGUUGCUUGUACAUCGAUAUCGUUUUCCUCUCCACCCAAGACCUUUUAAGGUGUCCUUGGUCAUUCCAAUCACCUUCACGGUGGUCUGCUUCUUCAUCGUGGGUCUGUCGCUUUACUCGGACCCCUGGAACACAGGGAAAAGUUGUGCUCUAACGCUGACUGGGGUCCCAGUUUACUAUGUGACCGUCUACCGCUUUCGCUUGCCCCAUAGAUGGAGGCGCAUAUUCAACUACUGCACCAAACAGCUGCAGAUCCUUCUAGAAGUGGCUCAACAGGAAGUCCAGACGUACUGAAGACCCAAAAACAUCCUGCAUUGUACUUACAGAAUACAUGGAUACCACCUUGACAAGAUGUUUUCAGCAGUUUAAAAAAUGUGUUUGAACCAUUCAUUUGUGUACAACUUUUAUAUUGUUUUCAUACUUGCAAGAUAGCCUAGUGUUUAUAGAAAAUAUUUGCAACAAUUAUGCAGGUAUAGCUUUGCUUGUAGAGCUUUUGUAAGAAAAUCUCUGGUUUAAAUGGUUAAAACUUAGU